AUGUAUGUCUAUGAGUCAGCAGAACGGGAUGAGGAAGGAGUCAACGUGUGCCAGUUUUUUCUGAUGGAAAGGUCUUAUUUUGGCCACAGAUGUCGUUUGUCUCACAGUGAUCCAUCUGAAAACAAAUCAAUGGAUGAUUCAGGGGGUGCAUCUCCUGACCAGGAUUACAAUCAAGAUCUAAAAAAGAUGGAAAACCACAAGAAGAAAGUGAACAAAGCAACAAAGCCAAAAUGGGCAAAAGAGGUGGACAAAAAGCCUCGCAUGAGCACACCAAAUGACGUUACCUCUCGGAUCCGGUCGGACCCAUCAGUGGAUGCUUCAGAAGUUGUAGUGGGGUGUGGUGUGCUGGAGUGUCCCUUCAAUGACAACAACUGGGACAUCAACCCCCACAACUGUGAUUACUCUGCUGAACUGGCCCUGUCUAGAAACAGGAUCCAGUACUUCAUCUACAGGGGCCACCGCGUCUGGGACCGAAAACGCAGGACUGACAGGGUGUUUGGCUCCACCGGUCAAUCUCUGGCUCCCCCCUUUGGAGGGGAGAAGGAAGUAAAGGGAAUAAACACAGAGGGCCAAGAGCAGCAGCAAGACCUUAAAACAACAGAAGGGCAGCCACCUGCUGCCUGUGUGCAGGAAGUGGCUGAAACAGAGCAGUGUAGUCAUACAGAGAGCACACAUCUGGAGGAAGAGAAGCCGAGGACUCAGCCAGCGCCAAAGUGUGGAGAAAACACUUUUCAACAACGGAAACCACAAGGAGCAUGUGUUACGGAGGAGGCUGCAAUUAGGCCAAAAGCUUUAACAGACCAAACCUCCCUAUCCCAGAAAGAAGGAGCGAGCGUAAAAGAGGAGGCUGAGGAGGAGCCUUCGUUGGAAUUGCAAGAAGAUACUUUGAGUUACUUCGGAGUCCUGAACAUCAGCCAGGGUCCUUUACCUCUUGGGAAGAGAGGAGAGAAGCAAGGCGGUUACUCUCAAAAAAUACGAAUCACGCACUUCAUCGUCAUCAGGGCCAACACUUACUUGUGCCAGAGGAGGCUCCGGAGUAGAUUAUUUUCCUGA